AGGGGGGCGGCUUGCCCCGUCCCGCGCGCCGCCUGCCCGCGCGCCUGGCGCCAAGGCUGAGGUAACCGCUCCCCCCGCUACGCGGCUGUAGUUAGCCGGGUGUCGCCCCGCAGCCCCCCUGCGAUGGCUGCCCCGGGCCACACAGGAGCCAGUGGCAGAGCCGGGCCCCGGCCCCACAGCCUCGGCGACGCCCCGACCACAAGGGCAGCCUUGAUAAGCGUUUGGCCUCAAGCACAUCCUGUGGCAAGACAUCCAGCUGUGGGGAGAAAUGACAGAGGUGACCAGAGAGGUGUUUGGACACUUGCCCCAGAAGGGAGGAGGAGGGGCUGUUGAAAAGUUCCUGCUGAAAUCAGACAGAGUUCAAGUGGAGAUUAUCUCCUUAGGCUGUAUAAUCACUGCACUGGAAACCAAAGGCAGGGAUGGGAACCUCUCUGACAUUGUCCUGGGCUUUGAUCGCUUGGAAGGUUAUGUCAACAAACACCCCUACUUUGGAGCCACAAUUGGGCGAGUUGCUAACAGAAUUGCUAAUGGGAAAUUCACGGUGGAAGGAAAAGAGUAUCAGUUGGCCCUCAACAACCCACCCAACAGCCUGCAUGGAGGGAACAAAGGGUUUGACAAGGUUCUCUGGACCCCAGAGGUGCUGCUAAAUGGCAUACGCUUCUCCAGAACGAGUCCAGAUGGUGAGGAAGGGUAUCCUGGGGAACUAAAAGUCUGGGUGACCUACACGCUCGAUGGUGGGGAACUAGCAAUAAACUACCGAGCUCAAAGCAGCAGCACUACUCCUAUUAGCCUGACAAACCAUGCCUACUUCAAUCUAGCAGGCCAGGGAUCACAUGAUAUCUACAACCAUAUGGUCUCCAUAGAAGCAGACUCUUACUUGCCUGUGGAUGACACCCUGAUCCCUACUGAGCACACCAUCCCCCUAGUGGCAGGACGAUGGAGGUUUACACCACUCAGCCUGGGAUCCAGUUCUACACUGGAAAUUUCCUGGACGGCUCGCUGGAGGGGAAAGGGGGCUCUGUGUAUCCCAAGCAUUCAGCCUUCUGCCUUGAAACACAGAACUGGCCGGAUGCAGUUAAUAAGCCCCAUUUCCCCAGUGCGCUGCUGCGGCCAGGAGAGGAGUAUAACCACACAACUUGGCUCAAGUUUACUGCAGCUUGAGGAGUCACCUCUGCAGCCACAAGGAGAAAUUCAUCACAAAGUGCUCUGCGUAGUGGGAGGGGAGCAGGGGAAAUCACUUAAAAUAGCACCAGGAGCUUCCAAACUUCUCCAGCACAGGCAGAGGGGACAGGUGCCAGGACGUCUCCUAAGGACGGCGUUUGUCAAAGCUCUCGACACUGGCUUGACGGCUCCCAUUGGAAUCACUGGUAAAGCUCCCCUUGAUGUCAACAGAGGGAGUUAGGCCAGCGCUGAGGCCCUGAUCCCCAAAGGGACUUAUGCACCAAACUGCCGUUGAGUUCAAUAGGAAUUAGGCACCUAAGUACCUUUAAAACCUGGUCCUUAGUGGCUACAAAACUUGUCUUCCUCAUCCAUCAAUUGGACCAUGUCAAGGCCUCUUUUAAACUCCUCUCCCCUGUCUCCUUCCCCAUGGAAUCCCCAGGGCCAUGCAAUUUCCAUUCGGGAUGAACUUGUCUUUGAGUCAUUCCCACUUGCCCUGUCACGUUUGUCUCUUCCCACUCCCCCAUCAGAGCUUUUUUCUGCACCAAACCUUCUGCCAUUCAAGUGCUAACUAAAACCUCACUUCUGUGACCCCAGAAGUGAACCAAAAAUAAAUCUACCCACUAUUCCUUCCUCUGGGCUGCCCCAUGCAGCCCCGCUUCUCUGUAUCUGUCUUUUAGGCCUGGUCUACACUAGAAAGUGUUACCUGUGUCUCGGUUAGGGGUGUGAUGUUUUACCACUACAGUUAUACCAGGAAAGACACUAGUGUGGAUGCAGGUAAACCGACAUAACACAGAUAUACUUAUUGCCCUCUCAUCUAGGUAUAAAACAGUCCAACUUACUAGUGUAGAGAAGCCCCCAAAGAAAGAAACACCUUUGCACGGGUAGCGCUCACUCGUGCAAGUAGGGACUAAAGCCAGGGGAUCUGUGGCCUCCAUCCUCAAAGGCAUUCAGCUACCUCACGCCCAUGGGGCGUUACCUUUGAGGCUCUGGGCCUAUGUGCAGGACUAAGGCCAGGGCUGCACAACAAGCAGUAGCCAGUGUCGCUAGGUUGGAUGGGGUGUGCUGUGAUUGACUCAGCUGUGCUGGCAGAACCCCCCUAGUCAUACCAGCUGAGCUGCGCUUUGGCUGGUACUGCUCAUUUUGCACGAGGGGGAUGGAGUAAGUUACACCAGCAGCAGUGCAGCAUUGCCAGCGUAAGCUGCAUUGCACUGGGCAGGUAACGUACCCUGGCUACGUGUUCCGUGUGCAGAUACGGCCUAAGGACCAUUCACAAAACUAAGGCUCUGCAGGAGCAGUGAUUGGCAAGAUCUGCUUGACCUUGUGUUGCUUAAAUAAUAAAAAUGGACGUCCUCUCAACCCACGUCCUGGGCGCCGCUGGCAGAAAACUUCUCUGAGAUUUAAAUCUGCUCAACUUCAUCAUUUGAAUAGUUAAUCUUCCAUCUGGUGCUAGUAGCUGAUGCAGGACUUAUGCCUACCUAACUGUAUAAAGAUCUUGCUUAUUACUCACUUUCACUGUAUUGCUUUUACUUCCUCAAUAAAAAUGAAUUUUCAAGAUGA